AUGGAUGGGGACGUGAUUGGGCUGCGGUGGCCGGACGUGACAUGGACAAUUUGGAGGUUUGCUGGUGUGCUUGCCUGCUUGCGUCCGUUUCUGUGGCCGUACCGCACAGAGGGAGCCACGGUCGCUCGCGGCCUCUGUGGUGCUCAAUGGUUCGCUGAAUUGGUCACCUCUGCUAGGUGGCUACCUGCUCGCUGGCGAACGCGCGGAAGCGUGGGAUUGAUUUCAGGCGGGUGGGGCCCUGUGCUGCAGGUCUGUUCUCGGCUGUUUCGGAAGAGGGUGAGCAGUCCCCUGCAGCUGAAGCGACUUGGGAUCAUCAACGUCGAGGAGUUUAAGCAGCAUGGGUACUUGGUGAUCGACAACUUCAUACCCAAGGAGGUCGCAAUCGCCAUUAGGGAGGAGACCUGCAGGCUGAAGCAAAAAGGCCGCAUGCUGGAGGCAUCGAAAAUCAACCCCAAGGCUCGGGACAAAAACGCCCGUGGCGAUUACAUAAUGUGGCUACAUCUGGGUCAGCCACCAUUAGACACUGACGUCUUCGCUGAAGUCGUGGUGGCCCUGCAGGAGCUGCAGGAGGACCUCCAGGAGUUUGUGGGUCUGCAGAACAACGUGGUGGAGUACCAGCUAUCCCACUACCCUGGGAAUGGGGCUCAAUAUGUGAAACACAGAGACGCCUUCCCUGAUGACGGGAGUGAUACGCACCAGAGACGGGUUACUGCCAUUGUGUACACAAAUGCUGACUGGAAGCCAGAAGAUGGGGGUGCCCUGAGGCUGUGGCCACCAUGCAAAAAUGCCCGCAUGAACCAUGCUGCCCACCUGGAACACCGACGCCACUCAUUGGAGGCCAUAAACAUGGACACCCAUGCAAAUGGAGUGCCCCACACGCCCAGCCACUAUGGAGCCCGUGGCCCAGGGGACAUCGCCUUGCCCUCGUCCCCAGCAGCACAGCGGGCACUGCGACUGGGCGCUGUCGACGGGCACUUCUCAUCGCCCACCGACCGACGCACCUUGGCACCGGCUGUGCAACCCGACAGGUCAUCGCCCCGGCCCCCUCACAGUGGGGAGCAACCGCCGGUGGGCACUGCCUCUGAGGGGGACAUAGUCUCCAUCUCUGAGCUUAGCGAGUUUGGCUCCCUGCGGUCUGAUGGCCUCGAUCAUGUUGGCGUGCCCAAGAGCACCACGAGCUCAGUGAUGGCAGAGGUGGGCUUCCAGGAUGGGACAUACGAUCUUAGCAGUGUGGGGGAUGACAUGUCGGUGGCCAGCAGGGAUCACGACCAGCCGCGAGCAGGCCUGGACUGGGUGGAGGUGGGGGGGGAGAUGGCACUGGAGGUGGCACCGCAGGCAGGGCGUGCAGUGCUGUUCCUCAGUGGGGCGGUGGACCAUUGUGUGAUGCCAUCGCACGUGGGUCGUGUGGCCAUCACGGCUUGGUUCAAGUGA